AUGAGUGCUGCUAUCAUCAAUCCCAAAUAUUCUACGGACCAAAUUGAUUUAAAGGACCCUCCCAAAGACGGAAUAUCAUCUUUAAACUUUUCAUCACACAAUCCUGACCUCUUACUAGCCACAAGCUGGGAUAACUCAGUUCGCAUCUACAAUGUAACUGCGAACACAAUCGUUUCAAAAUAUGAACACGCUAAGAGUGUUCUCUCCGGAUGCUUCUCUGUGAAUGAUCAAUAUUGCUUUAGUGGAGAUUUGGAGGGCAAAUUAAUGAAAUAUAAUUUAAAAACUGGAGAUGCAUCAUUGGUUGGUCAGGUCUCCGAUUUUCAUCGCUCUGCCAUCAGGUGUGUUUCUGUGGUCCCUAAUCAACCUAAUUGGGUAAUUACAGGAAGUUGGGACAACACAUUGAAAUUAUGGGACAUUUCUAAGAAUACUUGCCUUCAAACCCUUGAUUUAGAAAAGAAAGUUUACUGUAUGGACGUCACUCCAGAUGGUACAAAACUAUUGGUAGGGACACAGGAUUUAUUGGUAUUUGUUGUCGCCUUAAGACAAGAUCCACAAAGAUCUCCUCUAAAAAUCACAACACGACAAAAUACAGGACUCAAACAUCAAACGAGGUGCAUCAAGUGUUUCAGAGAUAGUAACUCAUUUGCAAUAGGCUCUUUAGAAGGUAGAAUUGCAGUGAAACAUAUUCAACAAGCGGACAUGCAAAAUAAUUAUGCCUUCAAAUGUCACAGAACAAAGACUGCUCAACAAGUAGAAACUUUAUAUCCCGUAAAUACGAUUGCUACACAUCCAAAGUAUGAAAUAUUUGCUACAGGAGGAUGUGAUGGUACAAUAGCACUAUGGGAUCGAAUGAACAAGAAGAAGUUGAAUAGCACAAGUCCAUUCGAAACAAGCAUUUCUGCAAUUUCAUUUAACUGCACAGGAAAUUAUUUGGCAUUUGCUGUUUCAUACACAUGGGAAAUGGGAAAUCAGAGUCAUCCUUCCGAUAGAAUUUGCAUCAAGAAAUUGGUGUAG